AUGGAGGAGGUUGAGCACGAGGAGCCGAAUCUGGAAGAAAGGGUGAGGAAGAAAGGUAAACACGACAAGGAUAAGCCAUGGGACAAUGACCCAAACCUCGACCGUUGGAAAAUCGAGAAGUUCGAUCCGGCAUGGAAUCCGACCGGUAUGCUCGAAGUCAGCUCCUUCUCCACUCUGUUUCCUGUAUACAGAGAGAAGUAUCUUCAGGAUUCUUGGCCCAGAGUCGAAUCUGCUCUCAAAGAAUACGGCGUCGCCUGCAAACUCAACUUGGUGGGAGGUUCUAUGACUGUUUCGACGACGUGGAAGACAAGAAAUCCGUCUAUCGUUGUCAAAGCUAGGGAUUUGUUAAAGCUUCUAUCGAGAAGUGUUCCUGCUCCUCAGGCAAUUAAGAUUCUUGAAGAUGAAAUGCGAUGUGAUAUCAUCAAGAUUGGAGGCUUGGUUCAUGAUAAGGCACUGGAAAUAUUAACCAACUGUUAUAUUCUAGUUGAGGGUGGGACUGUUGCCGCAAUGGGUCCUUAUAAAGGCCUCAAACAACUGAGAAAGAUUGUGGAAGACUGCCUCAUGAAUAUAAUGCAUCCUGUCUACCAUAUUCGAGGAAGUUAG